AUGCUCAAUCGGUGGGUCGUCGUGGUCAGCGGCGCGAGGAUGAACGAGGAGCUGCUGGGCCUUGGGGAUGACCGUAUGUCGUUUGAUGAGGCGCUGCAUGAGUUGGUGGACCCGGAGCUGACCAUCUCUUGGGAAGCGUAUAAAUACCCCAUCCACGUCGAUGCGAUGAAGCAGUGGCUCCCGCGCAACUCUGCACGGCUCUUCCCUGCCAUCCUUGAAGAAGUGGAGAGGGCUCUCGAGGAGCUCAUCCCGGACUCGGAGACAGGUGCGCAUGUCAUGCCUAUCUGUAUUCCUCCAGAGCACAAGGCUGAUUGCCUGAAGCAGAGUGGUUGCCUGUCUGUCGCGGAGCUAGGUCUGACGCGACUAGAAACAGAACUGUGA